CAGGGCAGUUCAAGGCGAGGAGGGCUGGCGCGGCGCAGCGGGCGAGGCGACGGGCUGGGUCGGGCCGAGCCGGCCAGGGUAUGAUGGGCGCCGCGGAACUCAAGGCGGAGCCGCCGCCGCUGCCACUGCUGCUCCUGUUACCGCUGCUGCUGCUGCUGCCUUCGCCGCCGCCACAAGAGCCCUAAAAGAGAGCCGCGCUGGAGGCGCCCCGGCCCAGGAAACUGGUAGUUUACUUCCUUUCCAGCAGAAAACAACCCAUCACAAACAACGGGUUUUACGAUUGCAACGGCCACAAAGAAGAUUCUAAAGUCAGGGAGGUGCCCUUUUACUUAAUCAUCACAUCACUGGCAAUAGGAUACCUUUAAAGAUUUUCCACCCUUUCCUGUUGAGUGUCUUAUAUCUAUCUGGCUCCCUGGAACUAGACGUUGCAUUGAAGCUGUCUUUCACUUGGCCCAGUCUCCUCUGGCUGAGUGGUUCUGCUUUUAUCUGCAGAAAGUUUGGAGGACAAGAACUUCCUUUCUUGCAGGAGUUAAAAGAUGGCUGCCACACAGGAAGUGCCUCCUCCAGCAUUGGGCCUCCAUUUUUUAUACCCGUUAGAAGAAACAAUGGCACCCAGGGUGAAAAUAGAAGAGCCUGGACCCCCAUGCCCUGAAGCUGGUUGGGAAUGGGAUGCUCCGGGGAAGACUCCUCUUGUUGUCCAGGCAGGCACCAUUAGUGAUCUGUUGAGGUGGGCAACUCCUCCCCAAGUGAGGAGCGACCCAAUUCCACAGCUCUGGGAGGUUCAGUGCCAGGAGAUGGUGCAAAGCCUGAGGACACCUGCUGACGUCAUGCCAGCCCCUGUGCCUGUCCCACCCCCAGCCCCUGGCUGGAACAAUCUCCAGCUACCUGAGCUUGCACCUGCGGAUGACAUCGAAGCCUACCUGUCAUCCUUUGAGCGGGCAGCCGAAUCAUGCCAGUGGCCAAGAGGAGAGUGGAUGAGCCGCCUUAUGCCAGCUCUUGGAAAAGCCCAAUCACCCCAUAAUGGCUUGGAUGCCAGAAGUGGCAGGAAUGAGCACAGAAAGUCCAAAUCUUCCAGUCUGCGAGGGGAAUCGGGCGCCAAUGUGGAAAUGCAACGGCAGCGUUUCCGGCAGUUCCGUUACCAGGACUCCGAAGGCCCCCGGGAGGCUUGUCGGAGGCUCCGGGAACUUUGCCGACGUUGGCUGAAGCCUGAGAGCCGCACAAAGGAGCAGAUUCUGGAACUGCUUAUCCUGGAGCAGUUCCUGACUAUCUUGCCCCAAGAGAUCCAGAGCUGGGUGUGGGAACGAGGCCCUGAGACGUGCGCCCAAGCAGUGGCCUUGGUGGAAGGAUACCAGAUGGCACGGCGAGAGGCAGGGAUGUGGGAGCAGCAGGUUACAGUGCGGGUCAAAGUUGAACAGGUAAGCCCACAGGAAAUGAUUUUACCUGGAGCACCAUGGGAUCCUUCAGCCUCACUGCUGCCCCAUCCUGAGUACCUAUCCUCAUCUGAUCCCACACUAAACCAGCCUAUCCCAGGCCCAGCUCUCAAGAUGCCUUGCAUCCCAAAACAGGAACCACAAGGCCUUCAGGAAACAGCCCGGGAAGAUAUAAUCUGGAUGGAACUUGGUGGAAGUUUGGAAGGAGUAAGACAAGGUUCCCUACUGGCCAAUGGAAACCGAGAGGAGCACUCUUUGCCUGGAGGCACGAUGGAAAUGGGAUUGCUACCUGGGAAUUCCCGGGAGAAAAUGUUGGGUGAGAAUUGUGGUGAACGGAUGAGUCAACAAUUUGAAGUGAGAUGUGGAGACACAAGAGAGAAUCCAGUUGCACACCCCAACUCUUUUGGACGCUCUCACCCAGCAGGAAAGCCCCUUCACCAGUGUUCACAAUGUGGGAAAACAUUUAGCCGUAACUCACAUCUGCUCACCCACCUAAGGAUCCAUACUGGGGAGAAGCCUCACCAGUGCCCUCAAUGUGGCAAACGUUUUGGUCAUACUUCCCAGCUGACUCGUCAUCAGAGGACCCAUGCCUCAGAGAGACCUUUCCGAUGUGCUCAGUGCAGCCGAAGUUUUUACCAGAGCUCAGAGUUGACCCGGCAUCGAAUAUCCCAUGCCAGAGACCGUCCAUACGGGUGCAGCCAAUGUGGGAAGAAGUUCCGUUGGAGUUCUGAUCUCAUCCGACACCAGAUCACCCAUACAGGAGAGAGACCAUACAAGUGUCCUGACUGUGGGAAGAAGUUUGGUCAGAAUUCACACCUGGUUCGACAUCGGAGAACCCACACUACUUAGCCAAGAUCUUCCCAAAAGGAAAGAAAACCAUGUUUCCCAGCAUUAAAAGCUCAAUAAGGGCCAAAGCAUGGAACCAGACCACCACUUAGUUUAGUGUCAUAAUGAGCCAGAUGACAGAUGAACUUUUGAUUCAAUAUCUGCAGAAGUUUAUCUGUUGAUGUGGCUUAAUUAGAAAGAAUCCAGUCUAUCUCCAGCAAGGUGGCAGUUCCACAAUACCAAUUUGUGUUCUAAACUAGAGAAUCGCAGUAGAAUGGAACUUUUUACUCUGAAAAGGUACUGAGCCUUUCUAGAGUUGACUUCCUGGACAAUACUAAACCACUAAUAUUGUGGUAGCACCAGUUGGAUGUCUUUUUUUUUUUCUUUCUCUAUCUCCUUUUCCCUUCUUUCUCAUUUUCUCUUUUAAUAGAAAAUGUAAUAGGUCUUCUAUCAUCUAGACAAAUUUUCUGUUACAUAACACAAGCUGUAUUCCUUGCCCUAAGAACAUUUCUUUGUCGUGAAGCAAAAGCAAUGUAUUUUUUAGAGAAAAUGACCAGUCUGUAUUAGCAGAGGGUUGAAAUCUUUAAAAUGAUGGAGAUCCCCUCUUGGGGAAGCUGCUGUGAAGUAUUUUGCCUUUUUUUUAAAAUUACAACUUUGAUAAAUGGAAAUAUUGUCAACCUAAAUUUGUAGUGACAUGGUAUAUAUACAACAGGGCUGGGUUUGAUUUCAAUUGGUUGGCCUGCAGGUUAGGUAAACUUUAUCAUGGCCGAU